UUGACGUGCAACAUAGCUGUACCUUGCAGUGGCUUUAGUCAUUAAGGCAUUCCAACCCCAUCACUCUCAAGUAACUCAUGGCCUGGUUACCUUGUACCGGGCUACAUCAAGGUCUAAUCUAAUAAUGUCGACAAUACGCAACAGCUCUGUUGUAGAAACUACUUUACUUUCACCACAAUUACAAGCUGUCCGUCGUGUUGCAUUUUUGCAAGAUUCGUGUGCUGGUGUAGAAGAUGAUUCCCAUGGUAUGGAUGAAGAAGAAGAGCAAUAUGAUGCUCUCAAUGAUGAAACAUUUGGGACUGCCAUGGAUGGUGAUUGGGAGCAUGACCAUGAAGAAUUGGCUAAAAUAACAGAAACCUCCCGUGGUUGGAAAGAUGACUAUAAUGAUGUUAAUCACAAUGAUCAUGAUGAUCUAAGGAAUGGUCAAGAUCAUCUUGAGGCAAGUUUAUCUCAGUUAGUAUUAGAAGAUAAUGAUGAAGUUGCCAUUAAUAGGAGGCCCACCUCUUCCCAUCUUUCACAUUCAAAUCUAGUGCCGUAUCCAGAUUCUCCAAAUGCACUGCGUAAUUCAGUGUGGGCAGUUGGUAAACAUGAUGGGCCUUUAUCUGCAUCCUCCCCACUUCGCCCUAGGGUCAAUGUACCACAGGGUGUUAAGAAUGUUUGCACUGUUGAGGAACUUGAAAGAAACCUCCUUCAAAUGCGUAGUGGCAGUGGUUCAUCCCUCCCUCCCCCACCAGGCCUAGGAAACCCAGUCUCUGGCGGUACUUUGCGCCUUGAAGAUGUUGAAAGGAAAAUAACUCAAGUUCCACCUCAGGCUAGAAUGAACAUGGUCCCUGAAAUGCCCUCAAGAUUUCCACCUGGCUUAGGGAGGGCAAGCAUUCUCUUGAACACAAUGCAAAAUCAGAGACUGAUGGGUCCUCCAGGGCAUUUAGAGGCACAAAAGGUUCCAUUACAACAACUGCCUCUUGGAUUUAACAGCUCAAACUUGCCGCCACAUCUAGCUUACCGCCAGCACACAUUUCAGCCAAUACACCCUGGUCCCGGGAUUGUGCCUCUAGGUCCUCAUCAGGCACAGCAGCAUCCACCACCGUUCAAUAUGAAUGGGCCCAGAAUACCCCCGCCAUUUCACAUGAACAACCACAUGCCGCCUCACUUACAUCAACAGCCCCAGCAUCCACCACACCAUCAACAUAUGCCUCACCAGCAACACCGAAAUUCUCAUCCUCAGCCGUACCAUCACCAUCACCAACAACAGCAUCACCAGCAACAGCAUUGGGUGAAUGGAGCAGGAGAUUACGACGAAUAUGCAGGAUUAAUGACACCCUGGCAGAAGCAAUGGCUGCUCAACAUACAAACACUUCAACUCAAUGUUGGAGUUCCCUAUGUGGUGGACUAUUAUUACACUGUCUACAAGACUCGUCAGGAAAGGAGACGCUGCCUAACAAAUAAAUCUGAAGAACGUUCUGCUGGAAGACCAGAGUCAGUAAAACUGAGAGAGCGCCCAGAAUCUGCCAAACCUGGCAGGGAUCGCCCCCCAUCUGUAAUGGGACCAGCUAAAGCUUACACACCUCUUCAGUUUGAAAAUUCUUUAGGAAAACUUCAGUGUGUCAGUGUGACAGCUCCCCGUAAACUAAUAGACAUGGAUAUUGUGGGCUCAGAAGGGCAAGAAGCACCAUCCUCUCAGAGAGAUUUGAAAAAGACAAAACAAUUACUUUUAGAAAUUGAAAGAUUGUAUGUUCUACUUUUGGAACUAGAAGAUGCAUUUGACCCACAAGCAAUUGAGGCAGUAGCUGAGGCUGCUAUUGCAAGAGCAGCUAAAGAUCCUCCAGAUCUUGAGCCAGAACCUGAAAAGCCUUCCCCUGAGGAGCUUAUUCAACGUAUGACAAGUGUCCUUGUUCAAGGCGACAAGCUCUAUGGAUUCAUGGGUAUCAGAAAAGGAAAGACUUUCUUGCUGAGACUUUUACCUCAUGUGCCACUGCAUACUGGAGUCCAUACAGCUUUGUGGGGCCAAGUCCUUGUGGGAUUAUUUGGUGUUGUAAGACGAGACCAAGCAGAUUGUCUUCUCUUACGCUUUCUUCCAGAACUCAAAAGAUGGUUGGAAGUCUGUGAUUUGUCUCUGAUUUUAAAAGUUGUUGGUGAAGUUGUUGCUGAAGCUAGUCUUAAAUCCAAGUCUGGAAAAAGUGCUCUUGCUACAGCUGUCAAUAGCAAGUUUGGAGUGUCAGCCUUAAGUGCUAUCAUCUCAUCUUCGGAAAGGCAUUUAUUGGAAAUGAAUCAGAAACAAAAAGAUCAAUGGGCCGAGUUUUUAUCAGCAAUCGCUGUAGUUGCUGAGACAGCGCGCCUUUCAGAUGAAAGUUCUUCUCAAUCAUUCUCUUUAUCUUCUGAAACUUUACAGAGACAUAUAGAUGCUUGUGGAUCUGCUCUAACAAAUAAGUAUGGAGCUUUCUUAAAACGUCUUUUUUUAAGUGACUCUCUAAAGACUGAAAGUGUUACUGCUACAGAUAAAUCAAAUAGAAGAUCUGGUGAUUCAACACUUCAUACUAUCAUAAAUUGAUUAUAAAUUUCAAUCAAUCAGUCCAAGUGUUAAAUACAGCAGAUAUUUCUGCUUAUCAUUCUAGAAAAUUUUGUACAUGAUAUUUGAAUUGACUUUGCUAAAGUUGUAUUUCUAAACUUUUUACUCAAUGGGCUAAAUGUUAGCUGUUUGUUAUCUGGUGCUUGAUGCCUUUAGUAUUUUACUGUGGGUAUUCCUGACAAAGCAGGGUUAUGAUCUUCUAAAUUGAACUAGACCAGGUAUUCUCGGAGUUUAUCAGUGGCCAUGGCAGUUAUUUUCUUAUUUUGGUCAUUCAUCCUGUCUUCUUCUCUGUUUAUUUAUAAUAGAACUUUCAUAAAUAGUUGAAAAAGUCUUUUUCGUUGUCUCGCAUCAAACAUGAAGUGUACAUUUCUUUAAGAAAGUUAAAAGAAUAUUUAUGUUAUUGUUAUUAUACAACUUCUAAAUAAUGGAGAAGGUGCGGGUGUGUUGGAGAUUAAUUAAUUCAGGAAUGACGAAUGAUGUCGAUCGUAUUGGAAAUGAUAAUACUUUUUCUUCAAAUUUUCCCAUUUCAACUCUUAUGGAAAGACCUGUUUGAUAUUUAUUUCUUAGAGUACUCCUUCUUCGCUGUCUUUUUCUUUGCCCCCAGCUUAGCAGUUUGUGUACCAAGCAAAGAUGAAAUGUUAUUCACUUUUAGAAGUGAAUUUUUCCAGAUGUGAUUAUGAAUUGAAAUGACUUUGUAUUAUGUAUGUUUAACUCAUGAUGAAUUUUGAAUCGCUCUUAGACUGCUCCAUGCUCUAAACAGGGAGUAAGAUAAAAAUAUUUUAUUUGUUAACUUGGUUCAUCAUUUGUCAUGAAUAUUUUUCUGCAUUUUACGUAUCAACACUUUUCUGUGUGACUAGACCACAGAUAUGUGAUUGUCUUUCUGUUAAAUUAGGCUUUUUUUCCCCUUCUCUUCCGUUGUUAUUGCAAUGAUUAAAUUUGUUGAUGUGCAAGCUGCAUUUCAUGAGACCCUUUAAGUUACCUUACAUUACAAGUAGUAAAUGUUUCCUGCACCUUUAUUUUUGUGUCAAUCUUAUAUACUUCAUUUCUUCCCUCCCCUUUCAAUGUCAGGAAAUGAAAUGCAGUAUUGUGAUAAUUUCGAGGAUAAUUUAUAUAUUCAACCAAGAAAUGUAGAAAAAUUGUACUGUAUUAAAAUCAAUAAACAGAACUCAACAUUGUGUAAA